CACAUUUUCGGGCGGGCUGAUUGAAAGUUUGUCUGCAUAGUAUGUUGUAUGGCUACUUUUAUGAUACGAUCAGUAAAACAUUUGAGCAAUAAUAUAAUUUUGACCAUCGCUAAAGAAAAUAAAACUGAUAUGGAGCGACCAUCGAGGUUUGUAACCAAAGCUUACCUUCUUUAUUAGCUAAGCUUAGCUAGCUACAGUAGCUUGCUAACGUAACGCUAUCCAGUACGAGCUGACAACACAGACUAGUUUAUUGCUUUGCUUGAUCUUAAGUCUCUUAAAUCCCUGACCUACAUUGGUACAUUGUGGGAGGCAACCCGUCUGCCAAAUCUCGUCACUUAUAAGGUGUGUGUGUGUGUGUGUGUGUGUGUGUGUGUGUGUGUGUGUGUGUGUGUGUGUGUGUGUGUGUGUGUGUGUGUGUGUGUGUGUGUUUUGUUGACAGGAAGACAAAGCUUGUAAAUUAUUCAGAUUUCAAGGACUUGGAUGAUGGUAUGUCAAAUCCAAUGUAUUUCAUUAAUUUAUGGUGUAAAUAGCCAGAAUUGGUGUUGCAAUUCCCUUCUCCUUUUAUGGUUUGUAUGUAAUCAUGUGUCCCACUGUUUUUGAUCAUGAGAAACAGAUGAGGAUUUUGCCUCUGUAAAAGCACCACCCAGCAAAAAAGCCAAGGAUAAUGUGAAAGAAUCAGCGCAGGAGAAGAGCAAGAAACCUUCAAGCAAGGCCUCCAGUCAAGAGACUGGCUCACAGCCCAUAGGCCGCAAGGACAGGUAGGAAGUGGAAUCAGAAACAAGCCGAAAGAACACCAUAUAUUCAUAUUACUUGUUGUUUCUUUGUUCCUCAAUAAAUCUGUUGUGGAGACAAAAGGUAUAAAACAUUCUUAACAGUUUAAUAGUGUGUGGCAGUGGCUAUGCAAACAGAAGCAUGCACGCAGAACACAGACGCACUGAAUGUCCUUGUUGCCCUCAGUCGGUGCCCCUUCACCUUAUUCUACAUAGUGACAGAUAAACAAUAACAAAUACCCAGUUGCAGGCAGUAUUAGGGACACUGUGUCUAGAUGGUGUAUGUAAUGACAUCAGGCUGACCACUGGCCCAGAGCAGAACUCCAUAAAUCAGUGCUCAAACUCAAAUGAGUAUUUUAGCCAGACGUGUUGCUUGUGAUCUGCCAUGCAUCAAAUCACAAAGAGCAACAAGGUGUGGUGAAUCAUUGGCAAGGUCUCCGAGGCCAGUGGCAGUAGGGGUGUUUUGAUGUGUCAUGGUGAUACAAAGAGGCAGUCACUAUGAAUGUAACCUUAUGAUGAAUCUACUCUAUGUUGAUCAGUAUUGUCUGUGAAACUUCAGCACUGUCAACUUUGUCACAUGUCCCUUUGAGAGGGCCUUUAUUGUAAAAAUAUGCUAACAUCAGAAUUGUACCUGUGUUUUUCAGGAAACCAUUGGAUGAGAAGCUGUAUGACAGAGAUUUGGAAGCAGCUCUUACUCUGUCGUUGCUUAAAACCACAGAGAUAAAUGAGGAACAAUGUUCUUAUAAUCCAGGUUUGCAUUGGACUGUUGAUUCUUUACAACUUGUGUUUGAAACAUGUAAUACACUUCCAAAUUGCUGUUUGGCUCAUUGGUAGUUUUAUCAAAAUGUGCACAUACAUACAGUAGAGAAUGGAUGACUUGCAUGUCUCACUCACUGUCAACAAUUAUUUGGCAAACAUUUUUUGGGGGGAUUCUAUUUAUUUGUAGAAAAAUAUGUCAAGAAUCAACCGCAAAGAGAUGGUGAAAAUCUGGAUCCCUCAUUACGCCUUUCCAACUGCAGUGUGGACAUCAACCUUUUGGGUAUUUAUUUUUUAUGUCUCAAAUGCAUGGGUGGUGAUGCUACACAUGCCCACCACUGACAAAUCUAUUUAAUAUAAUUGGAUCCCAUGCUAUUGCAUCUCACAGACACUAGUGAUCCCUUUGUGAUAAGAUAAUCUCCUCCCUUAGGCCUUGACCAGAUCACGAAUGAUCAGGGAUCCCCUUGCGCCCCCUCCAGACAGAGGAAGGCAGCCUCCAAGGCUACAGAGCAGCAAAGGAGCAUGCUGAAGGAUGACGAUGAGGACUACCAGCCCAAAGGGACACCAGGUUGUCAUAGCAACCCAAUGGCAUAGGCUCUUUGUGUUUCUACAUUCCAGGUGUAUUUCAUGACACACAUUUGUUGUGUACUGUAUACUGAAUAUUUCUUUCUAUUCAGAUUCAGAGAGCGAUGCUGAUUUCAGUGAUCCAGCCGAAAGUAGUGAUGAUGAUGAAUUCACAGUAAAGAAACCAGAGAAAAAGAAAACUACCACGAAAGAGAAGACGGCUAAGAAGGAGCAACCAAAAGCUAAACCGCAGGUGGCCUCAAAGGAAGAAAAGCAGCCUUCAAAACCAUCGAAAACCAAACCACAUUUGACAGGUACUUAAUAGCUUUAAGAACUACUUUUACUCUGCUUGUAGUAGAAUUGUCAUUCUAAUAACUAAAUCUCUUUAUUCUCCCAGCCUGCAGAGUUUGAAUCAAACUGUCCUUCUCUGCCUCACAGGGACUCCCAGUCUAAAAACUCCCACCUUAGGUAGAAGUCCAACUGCCAAGCCUGACUACGUGCCCAAGAGGCCUCCUGCCACUUCUCCUGUCUCAAGACCUGCAGUCUCUGGCAGUCCAGCAGGGGGCAGAAUACCCAAGUGGAAUCCUCCAGGUAAGACUGACUGAAAGGUCAAGGAGGUCAUCGUAAUCACAUAAGCAGGUGUAGGACUGCAUGUUUGGAAACAAGGUUGUGCCUUGUAUUCAGGCAUUUUAAGACCCAGCUCACUCAUUAUUUUUCUCAUACAACUUGUCAUCAGGUCACGUUGGAAGAAGUCCCGGCUCAUCACAGAGUGCCCCAGUGAAGUCUCCAGGGCAGGGUCUAAGACUUGGACUGUCUCGCAUGGUGCGGGUCAAACCCCUACACCCCAGUGUUGCUAGUCACUGACCCCACCUAGCUAUCAGAGAGGAGCUCUGUGCCUCUGUGUAAUUGACAGUUGACUUUCAGGAUUCCUUUUGUAAUCUAGAUCUGUCUAUUUUAAUAAGAGGCAUUCGAAUUGUACUGUUAUUUGUUAUUAUUCUGGUGUCAUACAUGCUCCUUUUAGAACAGCUCAUCUUUUGGACCAUUUGACUUAACAAUGGUCAGUUCCCAACUUUUACUGUUAUUAGGCCUACAGCAAAGCCUUCAGAUUUCAAACCCUUUUUGUCUUUUAUUAUUUCAGAGAGAGGUUUUUGUCUUCUGUUUGUUCAGUUUUCACUCAAACAUGUAAAAGAAAUGGUACAAUGGCACACUCUGCUGGAUAUAAUAAUCUUAAAAUGCAACAUGAUCAUUGUUAAAGUGGCAAUCAGUAGUUGAAUCAAUAACAAAGCUGAGACCCUGCCCCUGUUUCGGUAAAAAGCUGA